GCGCAGAGAAACAGCCUCCUCAAAUGUUUUGUUUCAACGCCAUCUCUGUUAGCCGGCUAGCGCUCGCUCAAGAAGACUCAAUCCGACAUCAUCAGCGCUUUUCUGAGGAGAAUCGACUCCACAACUGCGUUUCUCAACCACAUACACGCCUUUAUGUUUUCUUAGCCAAGGUUUUGGCCGCGAGCGCAACGCAGGAUUUAAAUAAAAACGAAGCGACCGAGUUCUCUCGUUCCCGACUGUGACUAGCGGGGGUCUGUCGCUGCUCGGGUUAUUUCCUGUCCCAUUUCACAUCCUUUUUUAAUCAAACACUUGGUAAAAUGGCGUGUGGGGCGACUCUGAAGAGGACCAUGGACUUCGAUCCUUUGAUGAGCCAAGCGUCUCCGAAGAGAAGGAGGUGCGCGCCCGUGUCUCCCUCCAGCUCCAGCGCGUCCCCGCAGAAAUACCUGCGCAUGGAGCCGUCACCCUUCGGCAGAGUGACCUCCGCGCUCACCACAGAGCAAAUCCUGAGCAACAUCAAGCAGGAGUACAAGCGCAUGCAGAAGAGGAGACACCUGGAGAACAGUUUCCAGCAGACGGACGCAUGCUGCCCCCUCGAGCCUCAGCCGCACACCUCCACCAGCAGCACAGCCUCGCUGACCGGAGCGUCCUGUGGCUCAUCUUCCCCCUCCAGACGCGAGCAGCCGCUCUUCACGCUGAAGCAGGUGGGCAUGAUCUGUGAGCGUCUGCUGAAGGAGCGCGAGGACAAGGUGCGCGAGGAGUACGACGAGAUCCUCACCACCAAACUCGCAGAGCAGUACGAUGCUUUCGUGAAGUUCACCCAUGACCAGCUGAUGAGACGGUUCGGGGAGCAGCCGGCCAGCUAUGUGUCCUGAGCGGGCCGUGCGGUCACACGUGGUCUUGUCCUGUGCUCCGGUGGGUCUCUGAGCUCCUGACACUCAGGACAGGUCCAGCUGGGUCUCCAUCAGACCGGUCACAUGUUUCCCGCGGGGCUCAGAGUGUGUGUCAGGCUUCUGUCUCUCUGCAGCGGCUCAGUGCUUCCUCGUCAGUGCCCAUAUACACCUCUGCAACUAUUACUACAAUCAGUGCUCCUGUGUCUCCUACUGAACCCUGGAUAUUUAUUAGGCUUUGACCAUGCCUUCUAUACAGUCACCUGUCAUUACACACUUGUGUUUUUUAAUCUUUGAUUGUGUAAAAUGCCUUUUAUUCACUGCAGAUGAGGAUUGCCAUGAUUAAUGUGAGUAAGACUGCUGUUCAUAGCUUUGUGUAAAUACAUCCUGGCCUUCCUCUGCAGUUUCAUGUACAAAUCAAACACAGCAUUUAUUUUGAUUGGAGUCUGUUUUCAUGCUUUGUAUUUAUUUUUGUUGAUUCUAUUUUUUUUUUGCCCCUUUCCUCUGCAUUAUGGUUUUACUGCUCCUGUAGUUUAAAGGACUUAUGUUGGGAAAGUAUACAAAUAAAAAGUUUACAUAA